ACACACCCGAUUACCACGCCGUAUUAAGAAAUACCUGCGUCCCGUGACCUCGUUCCUCGCUAUUUACAUUGAAAUCUCGGCACGCAAUUCAUUCAGUUCACUGUGGACGAGGACAUUCGUGAACAAGAGUUUCUGCAUUUUGAAGACUGAAGGACAUCAUUACAAUGACGGGGUUGAUUAAACAGAAGCAGUACGAUUGGAAAGACUCGAACCUCGCCCUGUUUGGCUCGGACACCGACAGACAGGUCAAAAAGGAGUCUGCGGAAACUGAGCCUGCAUGGAAGAAGGCUGGAGAGAAAGUGGGCAUACAGAUCUGGAGGAUCGUGAAAUUCAAAGUUACCCACUGGCCAAAAGAAGAUUACGGCAAGUUUUACGAUGGUGAUUCCUACAUCAUCCUCAAUACAUUUCAAGAAGAAGGGGGAGAGGAAUUUCUCUACGAUGUGCACUUCUGGAUUGGCAAAUACAGCACACAGGAUGAGUACGGUACGGCGGCCUAUAAGACUGUGGAACUAGACACCCUGCUGGACGACAAACCAAUCCAACACCGAGAGGUUCAGGACCACGAAUCGGAAUUGUUCAAAUCAUAUUUCAAAACCAUAACGUCAUGGCAUCCAAUGGCCGCCCAAUACUUGGUGGAGUUGAGGAGUGAACGUUCCGGAAAAGCUAAGGCAGAAGUGCUAGAGGAAGGGGAAGUGGAUGACGAGUUUUCACGCAGUUUGGAUGGCGGUGAGGAGGAAGACUUUUCCAUGUCAUCCAUUGAACAAUCUGCAAAGGAAGAGACAAAAUUAUUCAGAGUGUCAGACGCCACCGGGAGCUUGGACAUGAAGCUAGAGAAAUCCGGCAGUAUCAACAAGGGUGAUUUUGAUACCAAUGACGUGUUUCUAUACGAUACAUCAGACUGUCUGUUUGUGUGGAUCGGUAAGAAAAGUUCCCCCGCGGAGAAGAAGAACGCCAUGACGUACGCACACAAGUACCUGAUGAAGUCAACGCAUCCUCUCGUUCCUAUCACCUGUCUAGCAGAAGGAAGGAGACACGGUGAAUUCGACACAGCCCUGGCCGCCUAACUUACAGUACGCAUGAAAACUGGAGCUCGAACUUGGUUCGGNAAA